UGCGCAGUGAGUGAGCGAGGAGAGCACGGCGUCUUGUCUUCUCUCUCUCUCUCUCUCUAUCUAUCUCUCCCUCUCUCUCUGGGAGUGAAUUCUCCGGCUUGUCUCUGUCUCACACCCUCUGCCUCUCUCUCUCUCUCUCUCUCUCUCUCGGUCUCUUUCAGAGACAAUUUCAGGGCUUUUGUUUUUUUUUUUAAUAAUAAUAAUUAAAAAAAAAAACAAUAGAAAAAGUUUUUUCUUCCCCUCCGCAUAUACAAGUGUUUGGGCUCCGGCCAUGGCGGCGAGUGCGAAGCGCAAACAGGAGGAGAAGCACCUGAAGAUGUUGAGGGAGAUGACCAGUUUGCCUCCCAACAGAAAGUGCUUCGACUGCGACCAGCGCGGCCCGACCUACGCCAACAUGACCACCGGCUCCUUCGUCUGCACCUCCUGCUCCGGUAUCCUGCGAGGUUUGAACCCUCCCCACAGAGUGAAGUCCAUCUCCAUGACAACCUUCACGCAACAGGAAAUAGAAUUUCUACAGAAGCAUGGAAAUGAGGUGUGCAAACAGAUAUGGCUUGGCCUCUACGACGACAGAAGCUCGGCUGUACCCGACUUCAGGGAACCGCAGAAAGUUAAAGAGUUCCUCCAGGAAAAAUAUGAGAAGAAGCGAUGGUAUGUUCCUCCAGACCAAGCCAAGGUGGUAGCCUCGGUCCAUGCCUCUAUGUCGGGUUCCUCAGCCAGCAGCACAAACAGCACUCCGGAAGUGCGGCCGCUGAAAACCCUGCUGGGAGACUCGGCGCCUGCUCUACACCUGAGCAGAAACACACCCAGCCAGUCCCCUGUAGUGUCGUGUGUUCAGUUGACUCAUCAGGACAGGAAGUUCGAUCUGCUCAGCGAUCUGGGCGGAGACAUCUUUGCCGCGCCGGCGUCACAGUCUGCGGGCAGCUCCAGCUUCGCCAACUUUGCCAAUUUCAAUAGCCAUCCAGCAGCACAGAAUGCUAACGCUAGCACAGACUUUGCGAAUUUCGAUGCAUUCGGGAGUUCUGCUGCUGCUGCCGCACCGAGUGCUGCGUUUCCCUCUGCCCCACAAGCACCAUUUCAGCCUGCACAAACAGGUGGCUCAGCAGGACUAGCCAAUGCCAAUUUUGCCAACUUUGACAACUUCCCGAAGUCUUGCAGUGCCGACUUUGCCACGUACGGCUCCGCCCAGGCCAACUGCUCUGGGGGCGGGGCUAAGACAGACGGAGGCGCUGUACCUGCUGACAGGUAUGCUGCGCUUGCUGACCUGGACAACAUCUUCAGCUCUGCCAAAUCUGAACAAGGUUCGAGCUCAGCUCCUCCCUCUGCAGGUGUGGGUCCGCCCCCUCCUCAGGCGGCCAUGUUGGGCGGCGAUCGCUACGCUGCGCUGGCUGCAUUAGACACCGCCUUCAGCGCCCCAGUUCCCAGUAGCAGCAGCUUUGGCACUGCCACCAGUACCCCGGGGUCUAUCUUUGGAGCCCCUCCUGGAGUAUCUGCACCACAGCCCCAGCAGGCGGUGCUGCCCCAGGGCUUCGGAGGUCCAUCAACGAAUCCCUUUGUCUCUACUGGCUUACCACAAGCUGCUCCUCCCUCGAAUCCGUUUCAGGCCAACGGCAGACCAGCAGCAGACCUCUCAGGAGUUUUUCAGGCCCAAGGCUACCCUGCAGCUUAUUUUGCCUCGUUUGGUCCCGGCUCUAUGAGCAUGCCAGCUGGCUUCAGUAACACGGCAGCCUACAACCUUCCCACAAGCUUCAGCGGAAACUUCCAGCAAGCUUUCCCUGGGCAGGGCUUCCCUCAGCCGCAGGCCUACGCUCAGCAACCUAAUGGUGGAGGUUUCGCUGCAUUCGGUCAAGGCAAAGCUGCUGUAGCUCAAUUUGGACAGAACAUGGCAGCACCUGGAGUCACCAAUAACCCAUUUCUGGCAGGAGCACCAGUGGGCCAGUACCCUGCAGGAGGUUCCUCCACAAACCCUUUCUUAUAGCACCCUUCUCUGAUCAACACCGGCGGCGUGACGCUCUCGCUUGCACCUCUUGCACUGUUUUGUUGUUCCAAGUAGCUUUAAAGACAUGUUUCUUAAGACUUUUUUUAUCACAUUAGUACAAAUUACAACAUUACACCUAACCCAGGUGUAACAUGGCGAUCCAUCUGUAACAACCAGAAAACACAAAACAAGGUAUUGGGGUGCCUACGGGAAGGGGCUUGUUUCCUUCUUUCCUUUGCUGAAUCUGUGAAAUUUCCGGCCUGGAAAUAAUUGUCCGUUUGAGCUAAGUUAUUUCAAAGUGUCCUGUGCAUUUUAAUGCUGCAGUCCUGUACAUAUCUAUUUUCUCAGAAAGGGGCAGAAAUUUAGCUCAUGUGCAUAUCAGUAUUUAUAUCUUAAUCUCACACAUGCACAAAACUUCAACUUGCUGUCGAUCAGAAAGAUGGCGGAGCGUAUCUGCUUAAUGCCCGUUCACCUAGAGGAGAGACCGAGCGAGCGAGCGAGCGAGAGACUCUACCAAAGAAGAGCAUCUCUGCGAUUUUGCGAUUUUAUUUUUUUCAUCAUCUUACUCCCGGCUGUAAGGAGUUUCAGACCGGCAUCGACUCUCACCUGGACAGGUGCUACACAGAGACUCCUAAACACAUACCACUUAAGUCAAAUGUUACAUGAAUUUAAGUUAAUGUAUGUACGUGUGUGUGUGUGUGUGCGUGUGCGUGAGUGCGUGUGUGUGCGUGUGUGUAUGUGUAUACACACACACACACACAUAUAUAUAAAUAUAUAUUAAAAUUAAUUUUAAUUAAGAAACA